UUCGCAGGUCACUUCUUGCCCUAGCCUCUCUCUUUCUUCGUCUACUCAUUGAGACUCCAAUCAGUUUGAGCUCCCCACAGUAACCCAUAACUCCCAGAGCAAUUUUUGCCUAAGAUGGGGAAGAAGAAGAAAUUCAUCGACAGGAAGAAAUCCGCAACGUUCCAAUUACUUGCUCGCGACUCGUCCGACCCCAAUUACGACAACACACCGGGUGGCGACCGAGUCUUCGUCCGCGUCGACAACAACCCCGUCUCCUUCUUCUCCGAUGAAGACCCCACUGGAGUCUCCGGCUCCGGCCACUACGACGAAGAUCCCGAUUCUAUAUUCGCCGAUGCGCCUGAGGACAACGAUGAAAACGAAGAGGGCGAUGUUAGGAUUCCCGUGAACUCGGUGCGGGCGGGGAAGGCGUUGCCGGAGAAUGUGAGGAGGCAGAUUUUGGAACUCGGGUUUCCGGAUGACGGUUACGAUUAUUUGAUUCAUUUGAGGGAGAUUAAGCACACUGGCGGUGGUUCCUCGUUCUAUAAUAAUCCGAAGGCGAGGCUCGAUCAGCUUCCACGUGACGUCAAGGCAUAUGAUGCAUCAAGAGUACAGAUUUCUGAAGUGGAUGAUGAUCCCAAUGGGAGGUCCAUUUUCAGUGUUGCAACGAAAACAGUUGGUGUGCGGGUACAGAAAGCGGUUGAUCCUGAUGUAGCUGCAUUGCUCGAUGAUAGUGAUUUAUCGCGGUUUGGUUCUGAUGUUGAGGACUUAGAAGAGGAUUUUGUUGUUCGGGCAAACCUUCUUGAAGAGAAGGAUGUAGAGGUGGAUAAGAGGUUAAAUAGGGUAGAAGAAUUUGGGGUAACUGGAAAAGAGGUUGAUAAAGCAGAUAAUUAUGACCAACAACCAACCGUGGAUGGCCUUGUCUUUCAGAGUGGAAUUGGAAAUCACCUGGUGGAAGGUGUAGAUGAAUGUGUUGACAAUAAGCCACGAGUUCGUCGCCUUCUGGAUGAGCAAUUUGAUUUGCUUGAAUGUCAAGAAUAUGGCACUGACGACGAUGAUGGUGAUUAUGAUUACGUAGCUGAAGAAGAUGAAUCCCUUGCCAAGAAGCUUAAUCAAGCCAUUGGUGAUCAUUUAAUGGAUGACUUGGAACUCGAUGAUAAAUAUAAGGCUCCCGCUGAUUUAUUGCAUGAUAAUGAGAUAUCAAAGAGGAAGGAGCUAUCAGACUCUGCUGCUGACAUGAUUCGUCGCUGUGUGGAAUAUGCUGAGAAGUAUGAAAAUGAAAAUGACGACAAACCUGUUGUUUUCGUAGAAGAAAGCAGUGAUGAAUCAGAAGUGUGGGACUGUGAGACCAUAGUUUCAACGUAUUCAAAUCUUGAUAACCACCCUGGUAAGAUUGGGGCUCCAGAAAUAGCGAGGAGAAAGAAGUUGGCUGAAACCGUAUCUGGAGCCUUGGGUGUCACCAGUCAUGUAAUAUCCCUUCGAGGAAAAGAGAGGCUUCCUGUGGACUUUCUACCUCAUAGUAAAAAACCUGCUGAAGAAAAGGUGAAGGAUGUGGGUAGUAAUAAAGCUGAGCAGCAGAAGAGGAAACAACAUGGUCAGGAGUCAAAGGAGGAGAAGAAAGAACGGAAGGCUGCUGUAAAGGAGGAAAGGCGUGAAGCACGGCGUGCAAAAAAAGAAAUGAAAGGGCUUUAUAGGGGUGAAGCACAGCGUGCUCAGAAAGUUGCUGCCAUUGCUGGCCCAUCAUCUAUACAUCUUAUGUGAGUAUGGUAAAAUCUACACUCAAGUGUCCCUUAGGGGGGUUCUGUUCUGGAUUCCUGUGGAAUUUGAGUUACCUACAGUCAUGUGCUACCGGAGAAGGGGUUGAAUGCUCAUCUUAACCUUCAUUGCCAUGAUUUUUUGGCCGCAUAGAUUAUCAGAAGUUUGUUACUUAUUUUGGUUUAUUUUUUCCUUGUUCUUGGGGGUGAGUGGAUGUACUAAUGAAUGCAAUGAAAUUAAGUUUAUGGUUCAUUACA